CUCUGUUGAUCUAUUGAUCUGACAUUUCUUUCCUUAUUUUUUUUUGUAGAAUGUGUUUCUACAAAUUCUGAUUUCCCUUUAUCAUUGGAAGCAUGUAGUAACGUUUAAAGAAUUUGUUGGAAACAUUUACUCUUUUGAUGAAAUUAAAUAUCACUUGGUCGAGUAAUUAGUUUGGGGGUCAGAGUCGUGGUGAAGUUAAAUAUGUCAUAUAUUUAUUUUCUGUGAUAAGAGAUUUGGCCAAUUGGAAUAGAGAACUAUUCCCCCUUUAUGGUAUAGCUGAUGACGGAAUGGGGUCAGAGGAUACAGCUGAUAUGGGGAAAGAAUAUCCCAUUUGAUAAUUUUGUUCCCCUAAUUGUUGAAAAAUCAUUCCCCUUUUUCUGGUAUGUGGGAUGCUGGAAAAGAUGGGCUACGAUGGGAGUCAGAAGAUGCAGCCGAUAUGGUUUGUGUCCCACCAUUCAUCUAUCUUCAAUCUGUUACGAUGAAGUAUCUGACACCUUUUUCUCAGAGGCAAAGACCACGAAGAGCAAGAAAGAGGUGAUGGAAGAGAUUAUUUUGAAAAGCAAAUUUUUCAAGGUAUUUUAUGGUGUGUUAUUGCAAUACUUUGCUUUUUGGCCAAUAAAGAAGCCACUGAAUUUCAAGGUACUGAAUUUACUCGUCAAUCCACUGAUGGAAAUGAGUUCAGAGAUCCCAUACUUUUCAGCAAUAUGUGCUCGUCAAAGGUUGGCUCACACUCGGACCCAGUUUUGUGGGAAUAUUAAGAAUACAGGGAAAAGCAGCUGGCCUUCUUUGAAGGCACUAUUUCUCGAGGCUGUGGUUGAUGAUUUUUCCAUGCUUUGAUUUUCAUCAUGUGGUCAUGACACCUGCUAUCUUGUUGAUGUGUAAAUACCUUAUGCGGUGUCCUAUAAUGUCUGGCUGGGAUAUCACAAUUGGUUCCUUCUUAUGCUCUGUCGUGCUCUCUGAUUUAAAUCCUUUCCAGAGAUAUUCUUGCCGGUUUCAAAAUUACUUAGUGAAUUAGCAAAACAAGAUCACCAACCAGAUGCAUUACUGAUUCAAAUCGAAGACAUUGCCCAACUUACUAAGAAGAAAGCACAGGAAUACAACUUGCUGUGACGACCACUAUGAAUGUGAAAGUCAAAGAUUAUUAAAACUGAAGUUCCAACGUUCAAAGAAAACUUUGUAAAGGGAAGAGAUUAUGAUCCAGAUCGAGAGCGAGCUCAAAGGAAAAAGUUAAAGAAGCUUUUAAGACAGGGAGAAGCUAAAGGUGCCGCCCGUGAACUGCGGAAAGAUAAUUACUGCUUGUUGGAGGUUAAAGAUAAGGACAAGGCAUGACUGGCGGAAGAAAGCUGAAAAAUAUGGAACAAGCUAAAGCUUUUCUCCAAGAACAAGAGCAUGCAUUUAAAUUGGGUCAAUUGGGAAGAAGCAAGAAGAGGAUGAGAUGAAGUCUCUUAUGUUUUGCAGUUUGCGGUCAUUUCAUUAUGGGAUACAAUUUCCCUGCUCACCAUGCAUUAAGAGCAAGCAAGCAAGCUCAGUUCGAGUUUGUGUAUUAAACUGAGGCAACGGCUUGUCGAUUCUUGAUUUAGAGUAAACUUCAAUUAGUUGAGAGAGAGGGGUGAGAAAAUGGAGAGCAUGAUAAACUUUGUCCAUGAGAAGUUGAAGACACUUGCAGAGUGUUUAAUGGCUAAUAUUCUGGGGAACUUGAAGGAAAUCGAAGCAGUUAACGGCCUGAUGACAAAUUUUCAGGAGAAAAUAAAGAAAACUGGAGCAUCCGUAGCCGUGUUGAUCCUGCUUGUGUUUCUCUUGGGCUGCUGCUGUAGAGGGACCGCAGGCAAGACGAUGAAAGCUCCGGGAAGGAAGAGCACUAGGAUUUCCAGGGAUAAAUUUGAAAGCAAUCCCAGAACAUACUUCAGAGAUCUGCGUGGUAAGAACGAAUAAAUUAUAGUAGAUAGUAGAUUUAGUGUAUUUUCAUUGUAUUCUGGAGUUUUAUGUGUUAUGGGCUGUCGAAAAAAUCCAUAGUUAGAAGUUCGAACUAGCAGGAUGAGGGGUUGAUGUUCAGAAAUUUAUGGCUUUGAUUUAUUAAAUUUCUAGUUUUCUUGCU